AUGAUUGUAAGUAUCCUGCUUGCUGUACCGUCAUGCAAUAGUACGCUAGCUGAUGCCUUAUUUUCUGCAGGAGUAUGUAACGAUGCUCUUUGGAAAGAGCUUUGGCAUGCAUGUGCUGGACCUCUUGUUAUCCUUCCCGGGGAAUGCGAAAGAGUGUACUAUUUCCCACAAGGCCACAUGGAGCAACUUCAAGUUCCAGAGGGUUUAGAACAUCAAGUGCCUCAUCAAUUCCAACUUCCAUCUAAGAUCCUGUGUAAAGUUGUUUCUGUGUGCCGCAUGGUUGAACCUGAAACGGAUGAAGUUUAUGCUCAAAUUGAUUUGCUUCCAGAGUCGGAUCAACCUGAUGAGUUAACUAGUCUUGAUACUCUCCCACCUGAACCUGCGGGUUGCAAAGUCCAUUCCUUUUCCAAGAUAAUUACACAUUCUGACGCUAGUUCCCAUGGAGGGUUCUUUAUUCCUCGAAAAUAUGCAAUUGAUUGUCUACCUCCGUUGGAUAUGUCCCAGCCGUCCCCUUCCCAAGUUUUGGUUGCCAGAGAUCUUCAUGGCUAUGAGUGGCAAUUCUGUCACAUUUAUCGAGGUCGACCCAGGCGUCAUUUGAUGAAUGGGUGGAGUGUAUUUGCUCGGGCAAAAAGAUUAGUGGCAGGCGAUGCCUUCAUCUUCUUAAAGUACAAUUGUGGGGACUUUCGUGUGGGGUUUAGGAGGUAUAUGAGUCAACAGCCAAACAGGCUACCUUUUGUUAUAUCGAGGAAAAGUACACAUAUGGGAAUUCUUGCCACAGCUGCUCAUGCGAUUGCAAAUGGAACUCUAUUUUCCGUCCUCUACAAGCCAAGUCGGUUUGAGUUCAUUGUAAGGGUUAACAAGUAUCUCGAAGCUCGAAACCACCAUCUAUCCAUUGGAACGAGAGUUGCGAUGAGAUUUGAGUAUGAGGAAGUUACAGAGGAAAGGUUCAAUGGCACAAUUGCCGGUGUGGGGGAAAACUUCUCGCCACAGUGGAAUUGUUCUGAAUGGAGAUCCUUUAAGUUAAUGAGCCUUCCUUUUUUUCAUUUUAUCUUUUGA